AUGGCUGUUUCCAGGCCAGUUAUCAGUUCUUCUUUGACCCAGGAGGCGGGGGGAGACUUGACACGGGCCGUCUGGACCCUUGCCGACGACGCCUUCGGGCUCAAGUUGAAGAUGCGCAUGUACAUUCCAAAAUGCCACAUAAAAGAGUUUUAUGAGGACGACGAGAGACCACAUAUGGUUCGGGACCAUGACUGGGUAAAACCAGUGGCUAUCGUGGGUGCUGAUGAUGGGCGGCUGCUGACGGAGAGAGAUGAGGAGAUUUCAUACAUGAUCUUUGGUGCCUUGACGAAGGGAUGGAACGAUGUGUUGGUGAAGGCACACGUUGCCGUUACCGGUGGAAACGUGCAGGCGUCAGAGCCAGAGCCUGCUGCUCGUGAUCUACGAGAAGACGACAACUAUGACGACUGA